AAAACCCCCACCCGUCCAGUCCCCCACACGGCACAGUCCCUUUCCAUGGCUUAGCUCAUUUAUUAUGCCUCUGGCUCGUCUCCUAUCCUCUCCUUCUUUCCUUCCUUCCUUCCUGAGCUCACCACAGCCAUCAGCACCACCAUCUUCUCCUCCUCCUGCAAUGGCUGACUGGACCCAUGUGACCCGUCCCUGACGGAGUCGAGGUGAACCGACCAUUUUUAACGUUGUCGGGUAGGAUAGGAGGAGAAGGGAAAGAGAAAUGUCGGAACCGGCGUUCUUGAACGACAAGCUGUCGAGGCGGACCUUCAUCUUCGGCCUCCGCCUGUGGGUGGUCCUCGGCAUCUGCGUCGGGGCCGCCAUCGUCCUCGUCCUCUUCCUCAUCUCCCUCUACUUCACCUCCAAGCGCAACACCGCCUCCUCCUCCUCCUCCUCCAAGCAGCAGAAAUCCCAGCAGAAGAAGAAGAAGAAGAAGAACAAGACCUCGUCCCACUCGAACUCCCUCCCCACCUUUUCCCCUGUCCCCGCUGCCGCCACCGCCACCAACCCCACGAUUCCAGUCGUCUCUAAAGAAAUCCAGGAGAUCCGAAUCGAGGACCCCGCCCCGGACCCUGACCCGGACCCCGCGCCUGACCCGAACCCCCUGGCCCUGGCUCUGGUGUCCCCACAGGUUAAGGAUGAGAGCCCGAGCUCGCAGCGCAGGAUUCAUAUAGAGAUCGGGAAGGACCACCGGAUAGCAUACCCUGGGUUUGGCGGGGAGGCCGCGCGGCCUGGCGACAUGGUCGUGGCAGCGGCUGCACCGGAGGUCUCGCACUUGGGGUGGGGCCACUGGUACACUCUGAGGGAGCUGGAGGUGGCGACUAAUGGGUUCGUGGAGGAGAGCGUGAUCGGGGAGGGUGGCUACGGGAUUGUUUACAGGGGCGUGCUCGAUGACAACACCGUCGUUGCCGUCAAGAAUUUGCUCAACAACAGGGGACAAGCCGAGAAGGAAUUCAAGGUUGAGGUUGAAGCAAUAGGACGUGUCCGGCACAAGAAUUUGGUGAGGCUGCUUGGCUACUGUGUUGAAGGAGCUCACAGGAUGCUUGUCUAUGAGUAUGUUGACAAUGGGAAUUUAGAGCAGUGGCUUCAUGGAGAUGUUGGGCCUUGCAGCCCUCUGACCUGGGACAUCCGUAUGAAUAUCAUAACCGGAACAGCUAAAGGGUUAACUUACUUACAUGAGGGCCUGGAGCCAAAAGUUGUCCAUCGGGAUAUCAAAUCAAGCAACAUUUUACUCGACAAGCAGUGGAACCCAAAGGUAUCAGAUUUUGGAUUGGCGAAGCUCUUGGGGUCAGAGCGGAGCUAUGUGACUACUCGUGUGAUGGGGACAUUCGGAUAUGUGGCUCCGGAGUAUGCUAGUACUGGCAUGCUGAAUGAAAGGAGUGAUGUAUAUAGUUUCGGGAUUCUUAUUAUGGAGAUAAUUUCUGGGAGAAACCCAGUAGAUUAUAGUCGGCCUCCUGGAGAGGUAAAUCUGGUCGAGUGGCUAAAAACUAUGGUUACGGAUCGGAAUGCAGAGGGAGUUCUGGACCCAAGACUGCCUGAGAAGCCCUCAUCAAGGGCAUUAAAACGGGCUCUCUUGGUGGCUUUAAGGUGUGUGGACCCCAAUGCACAGAAGAGGCCGAAGAUGGGACAUGUUGUUCACAUGCUUGAAGCUGAUGAGGUUCCAUUCCGAGAUGAUCGUAGGAUGGGAAGGGACCAGGGACGCUCGCACCGUGAAGCACUGAGAGAAAGGUUGAUGGACAGGCGGGUUAGUGAAUCCGGCGACAGCAGUGGGUAUGAGAGUAGUGCCCAGAGCAACAUGUCAUUCCUGAGAAGGCAAGAAGCCGAGGAGCAGUAGCAAUCUCCCUCAGAUACAAGGUGGAGAUCUUCACCUCUCUUUUGUAAGUUUGAUUUCACAUGGAUCCAGGUUUGUUUUGUCUCCUGUAUAUCGGAUCCACACGUCCAGUAGCUUCCACGACUCCUUGUAGAUUCGUUAGCUAUUCUUUCCUCGCGCUUUUUGUAUUUUGAUGUUCAUGAUUGAGUUCAUAGUGUUCAGUUGGUGGGUUUUGCUGCUUGUUGUGGAUAACUUAGUCAGUUGUAAGUUCCGAUCGGUGACCAGCUUCUUAUUAUUCUCAUGUUGUUAGGACUACUACUCAACAAUGUGAUUCAUUAAAUUUGUUCUCAAGUUCCCAUGA